AGACCUGGGGACAGCGUGGCCCUGCUGUGAUGGGUCAUUGUUUUCCCUGCUGACUCAACAUCCUGGCUGCACAGAUUUUCUGCUGGAGUUGCAGAUUGUUCCCCAUUUCCUGGGAGUGUGCUCAGGCUCUCUCUAGCACUCUGCUUUGGGAUUAUUUUUCACCGCAGCUCUCAGGGAUCUGGUGUCUCUUGUCAGAUCCUUUGUGGCUCCUUCGUCCUGUCUCAUGGUGGCCCUUGGGGCUGGCAGUGAUGGGUUGGUGAGUCGUCCCUUCCAUCUCCCUCUGGAGAGCUCGGCUCUGGCUGAGUGACGGUGCUGGAACUGGAACAGCUGGCUGGGAUGGGUUGGGUGGCCGUGGAUGCAGGAGCAGCUCCCUGGGGAGGGAGCAGCCCACCCACCUGUGCCUGUCCCCACCCUGAAGGGUGAUGCCAGAAGGAGCCCGGCAUGCCGUACCUGGAUCGGCAGAACCGUAUCUGCGGCUUCCUGGACAUUGAGGAAAAUGAGACCUGUGGCAAGUUUCUGCGGAGGUAUUUCAUCCUGGACACCCAGGCCAACCACCUCCUGUGGUACAUGGACAAUCCUCAGAACCUGGCCAUUGGAGCAGGAGCUGUGGGAUCUCUGCAGCUGACCUACAUCUCCAAGGUUAGCAUUGCCACCCCCAAACAGAAGCCUAAAACUCCGUUCUGCUUUGUUAUCAAUGCUCUGUCCCAGCGCUAUUUCUUGCAAGCCAGUGACCAAAAGGACCUGCAGGACUGGGUGGAGGCACUCAACAGGGCUAGUAAGAUCACGGUGCCAAAGGGUGGCAGUGUCCCACCGGCCACGGAAAUCACGAAGCCUCCAGUGGUGGCCCAGGCCCAGGAGAGGAAGCCCCAGGUGGCCUACAAAACUGAGAUUGUUGGGGGGGUAGUGGUCCACACACCCAUCUCCAUCAACCAGACCGGGGGUGAUGCUGGGGAGGGCAGUGAGGUGGCUGCUCACCCUCUGCUGCGGCGCUCACAGAGCUACAUCCCCCCCUCGGCCACCAAACCUCCCGCCGGGCCCCCUGUGCUCAAGAGCGGCUUCUGCGUCAAGCAGGGGAACGUGAGGAAGAGCUGGAAGCGGCGGUACUUUGUGCUGGAUGAGUUUUCCAUCAGUUACUACAAGUGUGAGCAGGACAAGGAGCCUUUGCGUUCAAUUCUCCUGAAAGAUGUUUGCAAGACUCACGAGUGCUUGGUCAAGUCUGGUGACCUCCUGAUGCGAGACAACCUCUUUGAAAUCAUAACGAGCUCCAGGACCUUCUACGUCCAGGCAGACAGCCCCGAGGAGAUGCACAGCUGGAUCCGGGCGAUCACAGGGGCAGUCCAGGCCCUGAAAACCCGCCCCAGGGAGAUGUCCUUCGCGAGAUCCAGCUUCGUGGCCAGGCCCGGGGGCUCCUCGGCGCCCUCCCAGCCGCGGCCACCGGCAGAGGAGCGGCGAGCCAUGGCCAAGGUGCCCUCCACGUCCUCCUGGCAGCCCUGGACGCCGGUGCCGCGGGCAGAGGGGCAGCGGGCGGCGCUGGGGGAGCCGCCGGACCCGCUGUCGGUGCCCGCGGAGCGCCAGGGCAGAGCCGUGCCCGGCGCUCGCCUGCGGCACCGCUCGGAGCCGCAGCAGCUCAAGGAGAAGCCGUUCGCCUUCGACCUGGAUGAUGAAAGUAUCCGGACCUCGGACGUCUGACCGGGCACCGAGCCGCCCCCGGCUCCGCUCGCCGCCUCCCUGGCUGCCGGGGGUCCCUGUGGGUGGUUUGGGGUACUCGAGGGGGUCCCUUCCCUCCACCGCAGCCCUUCCCUGCGCUGCAGGAUCCGUCGGUGCCCUGCUCUGCGGGGCGUGGGGUCCCUGGCUGCUCCUGCCCAGCCUUGGCCCCAGUGGUUCCAUGUCUUGGAAGGUGCUUGCAGCACUGCCGGUGCUCACUGUGCAGGGCAGGAGAUGCUGGGGACCUGUAUGAGGGGACAUCUUCUGCAACUGCAUCCUUUCCCCACAAACGAGGUCUGGAGGAAGUGGCAGGAGGUCUUGGAGGCAUGAGGGCGAGUGUGGCCUUUCUUGUGUUUGUAAAAUGUUUCUCUCCCCUUUGAUGCUGCUCAGAUUCCCCAGAGCAGAGCUGGGAGACACCAGCCUGCACCUGCCCACACAGGGGACUCACUGCAGCUUCCCCUUACUGUGACUUAUUCCCUCCUGCCCACACAAGAGUUUAUCAGCAAUCUGCUGGCUUUUAAUUAUGCUUUUUUUAAUACCUGUGGUUCCUGUUGAACCCCAGCCUGGGCAGGUGCUCAACCCCUCCAAAGGCUUUUGGCACUUCCUGAGCAUG